CGGAGCUUGCUUGACAUGUUAGUUUGCAGCCUGUGAAGAGGACGAGUUAACUGACAAACGCCGACAAGGAGAAUGCUGAGUGUGGAGAUGUACCCCAGUCUGACUCUGGGGCCACAGAGGAUUGGAGACUGCUUUUACAGAGACCGGGAGGCUCCUGCCCACAUGUCGCUGUUCCCUCCCACCUGUGACGUUGUAGCCAAACCACUGCCCCCGAGGCUUCUGGCCCCUCCCCCUGUCCCCAACGAGCCUGCGACCAAAACCCCAAAAUACGAGGUGAAGAUGGAGCUGGAGAACGCGUCUUUGUGGAAACAGUUCAGCUCGGUGGGCACAGAGAUGAUCAUCACAAAGAAGGGCAGGCGGAUGUUUCCCGGGUUGAGGCUGAAGCUGUCGGGCCUGAAUCCCUCUCUACGGUACAUCCUCCUCCUGGACAUAAUCCCGGCGGACAACUCCCGCUACCGCUUCCAAGGUGGUGGCUGGCAGGCUGUUGGCGGGGCAGAAGCGAGGCUACCAGACCGGGUCUUCAUUCACCCGGACUCGCCCGCCACGGGCGCUCACUGGCAGAACCGCACCAUCUCGUUUCACUACGCCAAGCUCACCAACAACACACUGGACUCAGCGGGACACAUCAUUCUACAUUCGCUGCAUCGCUACCAGCCCAGAGUUCAUGUGAUUGAAGCCAGAGACGUGCUGAGGUGGGGUGGAGGGCAGCACUCCUUUGUUUUCCCCGAGACCCAGUUUAUCACAGUCACCGCCUACCAGAACAACAAGAUCACAGAGCUGAAGAUCAACUCCAACCCCUUUGCGAAAGGCUUCAGAGACGAAGGCAUGAACAGCAAAAAACAAAGAGAUGCAAGACAAAAGCGCAAAAUUACAGAAACCUUGGAUAUUGUGACCUGUGAUCCAUGUGACUCUGCCGAUCUGUUGCCGCAGCCCACCACUGGCACAGACCUGCAGGCCCUCGCUCUGGCCUCCCUGCCACCACUGCCGGACCCCUCCUGUGGGUACAGGCCAGAGGAGGCCUCCUAUCAGGACACGCUGGUCCCAGAGCCACCACUCGACCUCGGUCAGGCAUUCAUGGCAUCGCAGAUGUCUGACAUCAGCCUCUCCAUGGCCAGUGGGAUGCAGGACACUGCAGGGAGCGAGAUGGCAAAUAGUAUGAUUGAUAGAUCAGACACUAUGGUUGAAGCAGCUUAUACCUCCGACUUCCCCGUUGCCCAGGCCAACUCCUCCGCUUUCCCCUCAGCUCCUCUUCCUCAGUCAUCUUCCUCCUUCCCCUCCCUUGCCAUCCCCGACCCCUUAGAUACAUCUAAUCCUCAGCCCUCCCUCCCUCCAAUCGACUAUCCCUCCAUUCUCUCCUCCUCACCCACACUCUCCUCCUCCUCCUCCGCCUCCACCACUCCCUCUCUGCAGCAGACCACCUUCACCUUCCCCACUCCGCCUCCUUCCAACUCCUCCUCACCGCAGCCACUCCUUUCCUCCUCCUCCUCCUCUCCCUCCGCCGACACCUAUCACACCAUCCCAGGGACGAUCAGCCCCCACACACCCACAGAGGCCUCCUUCCCUGCCCCAUCCUCCACAUGCCAGUCAGGUCUGCAGCACCAAAUAUCCGCUCACUCUGUGCUCACUCAGCCCGGUCAGCCGCUGCAGGGUGAACCCAUUGUCAGUGGAAAUAAUUCACCAAGUGAUCGAAGCUCAGCAGCAUUUAUCUAUCCAAACAUGCUGUUUACAAACCCUGAUCUGGCUUCUAUCGGUGCUCAGGCUUUCCCCAACCAAAACCAGCCACCAGCUCCCACUAUGUCAUGCUCGUUGCCCACUCAUGCUCCUGCCACAUCCUUUUCCUUCCCCGCUGGCCCACCACACAUGCAAAAUCUCCCAUUCCCCAAUAUGUCUCCCAGCCCCGCCCACCAUGCCCUGCACCUCCCAAAUCUGAGCCACCAAGCCCCGGCUUCCUCCUUCGCAUCUGCCUACCCUCCCUCCUCCUUUACUCACCCACCAUCCUCCCUUUCUCACCCUCCUUUCCAACCCUCGUCUUGCUUGGCUGUCUCCUCGUCUUUUCAGCAGUCCGUCGCCUCUGCACCAGCAGCCCACCCUCAGAACUUUGCCAAUGCUCCCAUGUCCUCCUCCACCUCCCCGUACCCUUCGGUUGAGAUGGGCGCCAUCCAUCAGUUCAAUCCCCCUGCCCCCUAUCGCCCAGAGAUGAUACUGCACCACCCGUCUCUUCUCCCUCAGCUGGAUCCAUCUCUUCCCUCCUCCACCCCUCCCCCUGCCCUCUACUCAGCCUUCCCAUCCUACCCUCUCAGGCUGCGCCAGGACCCUCACUCAUCCCUCUCCAUCCCGUUCAGGCAUCUAUACAGACAACACCAGCAUGGCCAUGCUCACCCCCAGGGGUCCUACCUGGACAUGGGCACAAGACCUGUGUAUUAAAUGUAACAGUGUUAAUGUUGACAAAAUGUUUUGGCCUUACAGCGCUUUUAGGGGUGUUAGCAAAGUGUGUAGCAUUAG